CAUUUCUGAAAAUGUCGCUUGCUAGUCUAUCUUACCCGUUUACACCAUGGUUGGACACUUCUCUCUGCUCCGGAUGCCAUGGUUGGACACUUCUCUCUGCUCCGGAUGCCAUGGUUGGACACUUCUCUCUGCUCCGGAUGCCAUGGUUGGACACUUCUCUCUGCUCCGGAUGCCAUGGUUGGACACUUCUCUCUGCUCCGGAUGCCAUGGUUGGACACUUCUCUCUGCUCCGGAUGCCAUGGUUGGACACUUCUCUCUGCUCCGGAUGCCAUGGUUGGACACUUCUCUCUGCUCCGGAUGCCAUGGUUGGACACUUCUCUCUGCUCCGGAUGCCAUGGUUGGACACUUCUCUCUGCUCCGGAUGCCAUGGUUGGACACUUCUCUCUGCUCCGGAUGCCAUGGUUGCCCUCUAUUUUGAAGAUGUAAUCCUGAGACAGACGUGUCGUCCUACCCUGUCAGUCGUUCUGUGAGUCGGCCAGAGAGGGCUGUGGACCUGUCCUCCAGCUGUUCAACGCAUCAUGGCCUGACUUCCUGCGAUGCUCCCAGUUCACCAACAACACUUCCGGGUUGCCGGGGUUGUCGUCCAUGGCAAUGCAAGCCGAGUCGGGGGUCAGCCCAGGUACAGGGGUUAACUCCGCACUCCUCAGCCCCAACUCCAUCCCUUCCAGCUGCUACUCUCCCAGACAGGUCAAAGGCAAACCAUCUGUCUGUGGAGGACACGACCACUUCCUGUGUGUGACUGGACUAUGUAUCCCCAGGAAACUUGUUUGUAACGGAUAUAACGACUGUGAUGACUGGAGUGAUGAGGCAGAGUGCGUGUGUGGAGAAGAGGAGUUUAGGUGUGGGACGGGACGCUGUGUGUCCCCCUCUAUGGUGUGUGAUGGAUACGAUGACUGUGGAGAUCUCAGCGACGAACACAGCUGUGUGUGUGACCCAGUCAGGGAACACCGCUGUGAGGAUGGGAGAUGUGUUACCAGGGACUGGGUGUGUGAUGGAGAUCAUGACUGUCUGGACAAGAGUGACGAACUAAACUGCUCCUGUAAAUCCCAGGGUCUGAUGGAAUGUAGGAAUGGUCUGUGUGUUCCUAGUGCCUUCAGAUGUGACGGAGAGGAUGACUGCAAGGAUGGCAGUGAUGAGGAAAACUGUACUCAACUACAUAUUCAGGGUGCGUGUCCUCCUGGCCAGCCCAGCUGUCCCUCUACUCCCAGCACGUGUGAUGCCCGUAACAACUGCAGUCAUUGUGAGCCCAUUACUUUAGAGCUGUGUAUGAACUUGCCCUACAACAGCACCACCUACCCUAACUACCUUGGCCACGCGACCCAGAGCGAGAGCUCUGUCUCCUGGGAGUCUUCUCUGUUCCCAGCCCUGGUUCAGACCAACUGUUAUAAAUACCUCAUGUUCUUCGCCUGUACCAUGUUGGUCCCCAAGUGUGACUCACACACACACCAGAGGGUGCCCCCCUGCAGGUCAUUGUGUCGCAGCUCUAAGGAGCGCUGUGAGUCUGUGCUGGGUAUUGUGGGUCUUCAAUGGCCAGAGGACACAGACUGUAACCAGUUCCCUGAAGACGGACCCACCUGUCUACUACCUGACCCGGAUGUUGAUGAGUGUUCUCCCAGUCACUUCAAAUGUCGGUCCGGGAGGUGUGUCCUGUCCUCUAAGCGCUGUGAUGGACACAUGGACUGUGACGAUGACAGUGACGAAGACAACUGUGGUUGUGUGGAGCGAGGUCUGUGGGAGUGCCCAGGAACCAGGCUGUGUAUUAAACACUCUGUGAUCUGUGACGGCUUCCCAGACUGCCCUCUACUGAAAGAUGAGAACAACUGCUCUGUAUGCAAGGACAACGAGCUAGCCUGUAGCAACCACCAGUGUGUUCACCGGACUCUGUGGUGUGAUGGGACAAAACACUGUUCAGACAGCUCUGAUGAGUGGGACUGUGUCUCUCUGUCGGAGGGGUCGGUAGUGACCGUCUUCAGGACAGCAGUAGAUUACCAUGUCUGUGGGGAUGACUGGACGAUGGACCUCAGUCAACUGACCUGCUCUCAGCUCGGCCUAGGAGCCCCAGCAUCAGUAACUCUGGUUCCAGACCCUCCCAGUGUUCCAGGGAGGAGGAGGUGGCUUCAUGUUCACCCUGACUGGAGACAGAGGAACGGCUCAGCUCUACAGGGCCUACUGGAGAAGAGAGGACAUGCCUGUUUCUCCAGGAAGAGAGUGUCUCUACACUGCACCAAAGAAGACUGUGGCCUGCGCCCGGCCGUGCGUCUGUAUAAGCGUAUUCUGGGUGGCAGGGUGUCCAGGCCAGGGAGGUGGCCUUGGCAGUGUUCUCUCCAAUCAGAUCCUAGUGGACAUAUCUGUGGUUGCGUCCUCAUUGGGAAGAAAUGGGCCCUUACUGUCGCUCACUGCUUUGAAGGACGUGAGAGUGCAGACCUAUGGAAGGUAGUCCUGGGCAUCAACAACCUGGACCACCCGUCCCCCUACCUGCAGACCAGAGGUGUGGAGUCCAUCAUUGUUCACCCUCGCUAUAACCGGGCCGUGGUCGACUAUGACAUCAGCGUGGUUGAGCUGGACAGGGAGGUGGAGGUUACCAGUUACGUUCGACCGGUGUGUCUUCCCGGUAACGGACAGUUACCGCAGCCUGAUACCUACUGUUAUAUUACUGGAUGGGGUCACAUGGGUAACAGGAUGCCCUUCAAACUCCAGGAGGGAGAAGUAAGGAUCAUCAGUCUGUCUCAGUGUCAGAGUUACUUUGAUAUGAAGACCAUCACCACCAGGAUGCUUUGUGCUGGAUACGAGGCUGGCACCGUGGACUCUUGCAUGGGUGACAGUGGUGGUCCUCUGGUGUGUGAGGAGCCUAGUGGUGGGAGCUGGACCCUGUAUGGCCUGACGUCCUGGGGUAGUGUGUGUUUCUCCAAAGUCCUGGGUCCUGGGGUCUACUCUAAUGUUACACACUUCACACCCUGGAUACACCGACAGAUCUACCUCCACACCUUCCAUCUACACUGAUACAGACAGACCUCCACACCUUCCAUCUACACUGAUACAGACAGACCUCCACACCUUCCAUCUACACUGAUACAGACAGACCUCCACACCUUCCAUCUACACUGAUACAGACAGACCUCCACACCUUCCAUCUACACUGAUACAGACAGACCUCCACACCUUCCAUCUACACUGAUAGACAGUUUUUCCCUUGUAAUGCCAGUCACUGACAGUCACUCAAUUAGCCAUGUCAGGUAUGUUGGUGUGUUAGUCCAGCGGCUUGCUAUCUAAACUCGUAGUGAGCAUGGUGGGUGGGUGGAUGGAUGUGGGUACGCAGACCCACAAGCCACAGGGGCACCUCGUAGUGAGUAUGGUGGGUGGGUGGAUGGAUGUGGGUAUGCAGACCCACAAGCCACAGGGGCACCUCGUAGUGAGCAUGGUGGGUGGGUGGAUGGAUGUGGGUAUGCAGACCCACAAGCCACAGGGGCACCUCGUAGUGAGCAUGGUGGGUGGGUGGAUGGAUGUGGGUACGCAGACCCACAAGCCACAGGGGCACCUCGUAGUGAGCAUGGUGGGUGGGUGGAUGGAUGUGGGUAUGCAGACCCACAAGCCACAGGGGCACCUCGUGGUGAGCAUGGUGGGUGGGUGGAUGGAUGUGGGUACGCAGACCCACAAGCCACAGGGGCACCUCGUGGUGAGCAUGGUGGGUGGGUGGAUGGAUGUGGGUACGCAGACCCACAA